GCGGCGCCGGGAGGAGGCGGAGCCGUUCGGCGGCCGCGCGCCCUGGGCUGGCCGGCCGAGCGACGCGGGCGCCGACGUGGACGUGGACUCGGCGGUCGUGGAGCGGUACCGCGCAGGAUUUAGUCGGGACGUGAUCCUCGAGGCCCUGGAGGGUGUGGCAUUCCCGGAGAGCAGUCGGCGCAACGUGCGCCGCAAGGGCGACAGCGGGCCCAUGUACGGCAUGUGCUUGGGGAUGACGGAGUGCUACACGGGUGGCCCCAGGCCGCAGACCCGAGCAGUUCGACGAAGGACUUCGGUGCACGGGCGCCCCAGCGCCCCACAGGUUGGGAGGCCAGGGCAUCUACACGCACCGAAUGCAUUGGCCGGCCAGGUCAUUUGGUGUAUGG